GAUGCUAUACACGUUCCAUAACUUCCGUACAGUCGCUGAACACUGUACAGUUCUGUAGGACCACGGUAGGAAAAAUUGAAUUGAUAAUGUCGGUAGCACUUGGAAUGUGCGAGACACCCGGCUGUAACGCCGUUGCAAGUCUGCAAUGUCCAACUUGCUUAAAAAUCGGUAUCCAGGGUUCAUAUUUCUGCAGCCAAAAUUGUUUCAAGGGUAGUUGGAAAACGCAUAAAGUCAUCCAUCAAUUAGCGAAGGGAGAAAAUGGAAAGAAAGUGAGCGACAGUUAUAAUCCUUGGCCAGCCUACAAUUAUACUGGGAAAUUACGGCCGUAUGAAAAGGAGCAGCGUAGAGAGGUUCCCGAGCGUAUCGCUCGACCAGACUAUGCCUUACAUCCAGCUGGAAUACCACUGAGUGAACAAGCUGUAAAAGGUUCUGGCCAGAUAAAAAUUCUCGACGAUGAAGAAAUCGAAGGCAUGAGGGUCGCGUGCAAGCUCGGCCGAGAGGUCUUGGACGAAGCUGCAAAGACGUGUAACGUUGGUGUUACAACAGCCGAAAUUGAUAGAGUUGUGCAUGAAGCUUGCAUCGAAAGAGAUUGCUACCCAUCGCCGUUAAAUUACUAUCAGUUUCCUGCCAGCUGUUGCACCUCUGUCAACGAAGUGAUUUGCCACGGUAUACCCGAUACACGACCCUUGCAGGAUGGCGACAUUUGUAACGUCGACGUUACGGUAUAUCACAACGGCUUCCACGGAGAUUUGAAUGAGACCUUUUUAGUGGGUAAUGUAAAGCCGGAAGUAAAGAAAUUGGUAGAAGUGACGUACGAAUGCUUGGCCAAGGCUAUUGACAUUGUGAAACCUGGUGAAAAGUACAGAGAGAUUGGUAAUGUCGUGCAAAAGCAUGCGCAAGCGCAUGGUCUCAGCGUCGUCCGUAGCUACUGCGGCCAUGGAAUUCAUCGUUUGUUUCAUACCGCGCCGAACGUGCCGCAUUAUGCCAAAAAUAAAGCGGUAGGUGUUAUGAAACCCGGACACUGCUUCACAAUCGAGCCAAUGAUAUCCCAAGGUACAUGGAAGGACGAAACAUGGCCCGACAAUUGGACCGCCGUUACAUUGGAUGGUCAAUGGUCAGCGCAAUUUGAACAUACGCUUUUAGUAACGGAGACUGGUUGUGACAUUCUCACGAAACGGCUCGUGAAUAACGGUAGGCCAUGGUUUAUAGAUGACUUGUAGUAGCAUUUUUCUCCCUACAAGUUUUAUUUCCCUACAAGAUUUUAACUCGUGUGAAUCGACAAGAGUCUAGCGUGUAAGUUGGCUCGUUGAGAAAGUUGAGUAACCUUUUUGUUUUUGCAAAUGUAUAGUAAUAAAAAAAUUAAUAGUACAGUUGAGUUACCCUUCCAAUUUUGCGUCCUGUGCAAGAGGCAUCUGUUGUAAAUAGCAUUUGCCAGUGCAUAACAAUUUUUAAUAAAAACAAUUGUAAAUUUUGCCAAGGUUUUGCAAGGCGAGAGAAAACAAGUUAAAGAUAUGAAAUAUCUAAUAAACUAAUUUGUACU